GUUAAAUGUUUGCAAAAUUACGCGCUAGUUCCGCCCGGUGGUUUCUUUCCAUAACAGCAAAUUAAUUAUGAUUCCAACUAUUUAAAAGUCUUUAUUGGAACGCAAAUAACAUUUUUCUUUAGUGUUUCAUCUCAGGCUUACCUUUGGAACAUACAGCAUGCCUCGAGUAAAACUAGACUACGUUGUGAGUUUUAGCAGCGAAGAUUCGGAGAAUCCUGCAAGCAAUUUGCUAGCAUAUGAAGUGAGCAAGAAGAAAUGGCUGUGCAAAGAGGGGGAGACGUCCUGCUCCAUUGUGCUGCAGCUCAAACAUGCAGUUCAGAUUUCUACAGUUCACAUUGGCGCAUACCAUGCAGCACUAGUAGAAGUCUUGGUGGGGCGCUCGGAGACUCCAAAUGACCCAUUUGAAGUACUUGUCCCGUCAAGCGUGUUCCUGUCGCCUAUGGACUCGCGUCGCGGGACCGGCAUGGAGCGCGUGCGCUCGUUCAGUGCUGAUCAGCUUGCACCUGCUAAAGCUCAGAAGUGGGAUCGAGUAAGAGUUGUGUGCUCACAGCCUUAUAACAAGCACUGCAAGUACGGCCUCUCCUUCGUCCAUAUAUUCGAGUCAGACAAAUCCGAGUCUGGCAAGCCGCCAUCACCGCAGCCUGUACCCGCACCGGCCGUACCUACUCGAGUAGCGGUGCCAGUAGGACAGUACUCCUCGGAUGAGGAUGACUUCAGGCCUGGGGAGCUGUUCGCCAAGCAUCGGCUGAGCGAAGGGAGUAAAAAUACUGAAGCCCAAAUACGACAAGCAUCAUCCCAAGCACUCCGAAACAUAAAUGACUCGGCAACAAAACUAGUUAAAACUCCCAUAGCUAAAACUAACACUAACCGAACCAACCAAACCAAUGACUUCAACACAAGCAGACAGAAAGACAACCUCAUGUAUACUAACGAUGAUGAACAACCACACGCGAAAAUAGACUCUGUGGUAAAGAGGCAUAAGGAUGAGAAAGAACAAGAAACUAAAAAGAAGGAAGCUGUUCAAAAUCUGUUUAGAAAAGAUAAGGAAAGAACUAACAGAUUAGAGCAAGCUAGCAAGAGUUUUAAAGAAUUUCUUGAUGAUGAUAAAAAGAUGUCAAAUAGUUCUAGAAGUAAAGACACUUUUAAAGAUAAUGAUAGAAGGAAUAAAGAUUUAAACAAUUCUAUUAAUAAAGAUAGUUCCAGACAUGAUGACAGAAGAAACAAAGAUAAUUCGAGUAAUUCCAGAAGUCAAGAAAGUUCUAAAGACAAAAGAAAUACAGAUGAUUUGAAUAGUUCUAGAAAUAAAGAUAGUUCUAGAGAUAAUGACAGAAGGAAUAGAGAUGAUGGAAAUAGUUCACAAUCGCGGACAAAAGACGCAGGAGCUAGUGGAGAUAAUAGGAAAAGACAGCACUCUGAUGACAGGCAGAAAGGAAAAGAUGUGGUCCGCCCCGGCCCAGUGAGCUCCACUCCGCACACGCUAAUGUCUGGAGUGGUGUUCGCGCUGAGCGGGUACGAGAACCCGCGACGCGCGCGCCUGCGCGACGCCGCCGUGGCCAUGGGGGCGCGCUUCGAGCGCGACUGGAGCCCCGCCUGCACACAUCUUAUAUGCGCCUUCCCAAACACGCCGAAACUUCGAACAGUCCGUAGCUCCCCAUCGGGCGCCAACUGCACAGUUGUACUAGGAGAGUGGAUCGAACAGUGCUGCGAGAAGAGAAGGCUGCUCCCGUGGCAGUGGUUCGCCACGGAACCCAAGAAGAAGAUUCAACCCCCUGCUGGCUGGGAUGACGAUGAUAAGACUGCUUCAGAAUGCGACACUGACGACGAAAUCGAGAAAGUAUUACGAAAACAGAAGAAACAACGCACAGAUAAGUCACCCUCCCCUCAACCGACCACCAGCAGAGAUUCGCCCCAACCCCAUUCAAGCAGAGACUUAUCACCAAGACCACAAACCAGCAGAGAGAAAUCACCAAAACCGCAUACUACCAGAGAAAAAUCACCAAAACCACAUACUAGCAGAGAAAAGUCACCAAAAUCAAGCUCUGGUAAUAAAGAAAACUCACGAAAACGUAGCAGAAACCGAUCGGAUAAAGAAUCACCAAAACAAAAACGAAACCUCAACUUUUCUAACAUGUCUUCAGACUCCGAUGUGGCUUUCGUUAAAGACGAAAGAAUCCAAGCUAAUAUUACUAUUGAUUCAGGAGAUUCUACGGAUGAAGAGAAACCAGUGGUUAAAGAUAAGAUAGAUAAGACGCGUGUGUUGCCAGAUUUCUUCGAUGGAUAUACGUUUGUGAUAGAUGAUUGUGUGGAGGCUGUUGGGUUUGAUAAGGAGUUGUUGAGAAGAUAUGUAAAGGCGUAUGGUGGUGUGGUUAUGGAUGUGGCUGCAAUGGAUUCCGACAGCGAAAUCAGUUUCGUUCUAAGUGUCGGCGCCGGUAUCAGUAAAAAUGGACUCCGUGUGCGCGCAGAUUGGCUGUGGCGAUGCCAUGAGGACAAACAACUUGCUGACGUGGAAGAAUAUAAGCUCUAAUGUCUAAACCAGGGAUCGGCAAAUUUUUGAGAACAGCCCUUAGAGCAUUUAGUAACUGGAGACGUCAUGGCCGUCAUUUUCUGUACGAAAGUCUGCCGAUUUUUGCGGGGGAGGGGACGUCAAAUGUAUUGCUAUUUCUACAUGAUUUAUAGGUAACGUACAAAUAGCCAUGUCA